UACAGGCUCAGCGGCGGCAAGAGGAGAGGAGGAAGAGAAUAAUAUCGAAAAAACUUAUGGCAGAAGGAGGGACUACCUUAGAGUAUACUCCCACAUGGGUUGUGGCGGUGGUUUGCUCUGUUAUCGUUCUUAUUUCUCUUAUUGUUGAAAGAACCCUCCACUACCUUGGCAAGUUGUUGAAGAGGAAACACCAGAAACCGCUCUUUGAAGCCUUACAGAAAAUCAAAGAAGAGUUGAUGCUUUUGGGGUUCAUAUCACUGCUACUGACAGUGUUCCAGGGAAGAAUUAACACUAUCUGCAUUUCUAAAGAUUUGUCAAAAAAAAUGCUGCCCUGCAAGGACGAAAGCAAAGAAACCACUACUGCCCAUUUUCAGACUUUCUUUUCCUUCGUUCCUGGUGGGAUUUCCCGUCGCCUUUUGGCCGAGGCCUCCUCUGCUAAUUCUUGUUCCGAGGGAAAGGUUCCAAUGUUAUCUACAACCGCACUGCAUCAUCUUCAUAUAUUUAUCUUCGUGCUAGCUUGUGUGCAUGUGGUAUUCUGUGUUCUAACCAUUCUUUUUGGAAGCGCUCGGAUAAGGCAGUGGAAACUUUGGGAGGAUUCUAUCUCAAAAAAGGAACAAGAUCCGGAAGAAGCUCAAGGUCCAAAGUUUACUCAUGUUAAAGACCAUGAUUUUAUCAAGUCACGAUAUCUGGGUUUUGGAAAGAAUUCCUACAUCCUGGGUUGGGUGCAUUCAUUUUUCAAGCAGUUCUAUGCAUCUGUAACAAGAUCCGAUUACACCACGUUGCGACUGGGCUUCAUUAUGGUGAGUUUAGGACUCUAUUCAUGCAAAUUUCUCUGUUUCUUUCCAUUUCUAACAUUUUUUCUACAGACUCAUUGCAGGGGAAACCCGAAGUUUGAUUUUCACAAAUACAUGAUGCGAGUCCUCGAAGCUGACUUUAAGAAAGUUGUUGGAAUAAGUUGGUAUCUUUGGCUAUUUGUGGUUAUCUUCUUGUGUCUGAACGUUUCUGGUUGGCAUGCAUAUUUCUGGAUUGCAUUCAUACCCUUCAUUCUUCUGCUAGCCGUGGGUACGAAGUUGGAGCAUGUGAUUAUCCAAUUGGCCCACGAGGUUGCUGAGAAACAUGUAGCAGUUCAAGGGGAUUUGGUUGUUCGACCUUCAGAUGAUCACUUCUGGUUCAACAAGCCUAAAAUUGUUCUCCUUUUGAUUCACAUCAUUUUAUUCCAAAACUCUUUCGAACUGGCAUUUUUCUUCUGGAUAUGGGUGCAGUAUGGUUUUGACUCCUGCAUAAUGGGACAAGUUGGUUAUAUUAUUCCAAGACUUGUUAUAGGGGCAUUCGUUCAGUUCCUCUGCAGUUACAGUACCCUGCCACUCUAUGCCAUUGUGACACAGAUGGGAAGUUCAUUUAAGAGGGAAAUAUUUGAAGAGCAUAUUCAAGAAGGGCUUGUGGGUUGGGCUAAGCAAGCAAAGAAGAAGGCAGGGUUGAGAAGGACUGCCAAUGAGUCUAGCCAUAAUCAAGUAGGUCCCAAAGAGGAGUCUCCUCUGAUUCAGAUGGCAAAGGCUGGAUCUAGGGAAACUGCAGUGGAAGAGAACAAAUCAGGAGAGAUUGUACAUGGAACUGCCUCCUAAGGAACUACCAUGGGAGUCACUCAAGAAUCAAUGUGCUUGCCAGCUCUCUACUAUAUAGGAGUACAUACGUUGAUAGAGUUGAUGCAUACAGCUUGAGUGACGUGAGGAAAUUUUAAGAUUUUAAAAUUGAAAUUUUAAUAAGAGAUGAAGAUGUAGUUUAAGAAAUCAAUCAUAACUUCUUUUAAUCUGAUUGUAUUAAAUUGGAAUUUUAAUAAAAAAUUCUAAAGAUUUUAUUUUAGAUAA